AUGGCUUCUUCGAGAAAACCUCUUACUGAAGAAAGACUACCAGAAUAUGCAGAAGAUACAAUGGAUGAAAGUAGUUAUGACAGUAGUCAGGAUUUAAGUUUUGAAUUAACGGAUGGCGAAAGUGAAAGUGAAUUUUCGGAUGACUCUGAAUUUGAACCAUACAUAGAGAACACAGAAACUGAACUUACAUUCGAAACAGAAAAUGAUUGCAUUAUGGAUACGGAUACUUCUAAUCUGCAUUGGAUUUCUAAAGUUGAAAAUUUAAGUAGAUUAGUGUUUAUCGGAAGUGAAGGUAUACAGUUUCAAUUUACUGCUACCGGUCCCGAAGGAAAAAUUACACCAUCUGAUAUAUUUUUUACUAUAAUUGAUGAUAAUAUUAUACAAUUAAUGGUAACAGAAACAAAUCGUUACGCCAAUUGUAUGAGAAAUUCUAAGAAAUUUACACAAUCAAAGAAGACACAAACCGUUUAUUUAAAAUAA